CGUGGAGGUGCUGAAGCGACGAAUAAAGCCUGGAUUUCACACUCCGCCCCUAUUAAAACUCUUAUAUCCAAACGCAAACACUAUGAACCUUUAAAAAUAAACAGUCUGAAGCUAACGCUAAACGUGGACAUGGAUCUACGGAGUCAUAAAGCCUAUCCACACUGAACCGAUCGAUCGUAGGUCAGCGUCAAUGUACUGAUGUGUUGUGGGAUAAGUGACCACACGGAUACGCAGUGAAAGUGUGCAGAAGAGUUGCUAAAUUCGCCGGAGAAACAUCAUGGCAAACAGUGUCACUCAAGAGUACAUGCAGAUCCCAGCCGUCACGCGAGCAUAUACCACUGCAUGCGUCCUGACAACUGCAGCUGUGCAAUUGGAGUUCAUUACACCGUUUCAACUCUAUUUUAACCCUGACUUGAUAUUAAAGAAAUACCAGAUAUGGCGACUGAUCACAAACUUCUUGUUUUUUGGACCUCUUGGAUUCAGCUUCUUGUUCAACAUGAUUUUUCUAUAUCGUUACUGUCGAAUGCUGGAGGAAGGCUCCUUCCGUGGUCGAACAUCAGAUUUUGUCUAUAUGUUCCUGUUCAGUGGUGUUCUAAUGACUCUCUUUGGUCUAUUUGCCAACCUGUUCUUUUUAGGACAGGCUUUCACUAUCAUGCUGGUUUAUAUCUGGAGUAGAAGGAACCCUUAUGUCCGCAUGAACUUCUUUGGCCUGCUCAACUUCCAGGCCCCAUUCCUUCCCUGGGUGCUCAUGGGAUUCUCACUGUUACUGGGCAACUCCAUUGUUAUUGAUCUCCUGGGUAUGUUAACUUUUGUCCUGAAA